AUGGGAGCAGUGGUUGUAUUAAAUGACAUCUCGCGGCCUCUGGAUGAAGUUGUAAACGAGCAAAUGUAGUGUUUUUCAGGUAGACUUGACUGGGAAAUUACGUAAUUUACUUUUGAUUUUUUUACCUAAACAGCUCCAUUCGGACCUUGCCUUUGUUCUACGCACAGACGAAAAGAUUAAAUUUUACCAUAGGGAAAAUACAUGGAAGUUAUUUCAAUUUGCUGUGUCAGACACCCGGUAGCCGGCAGGAAGUGUUUUCUAAAGAUUCUAGAAUUCUCCCAUAAUUUCCACUUCACCUUGCGAAGGAUAAUGUGAUAUCCUGCAUUAAAGUGAAUUUUUUUUCUUUAAAUCUUAUGAUAAUGUUAAGUCCCAUUUUAUGUCAUAAGAUUCAUAUGUAUGUUUUAGGGGGAUAUAACAAGUAUAGAAGAUGUUAGAAAGAUUAUCAGUCAUCAGAUUGAUGUGGUUUUUCAUAUCGCAUCAUAUGGAAUGUCUGGAAGAGAGCAAGUUAGUAUGUUGUACUUAUUGAGUGAAUGUUAG